UUGUGUAAAUAUAAUAAAACAAAUCAAAUUGUUGUCAACUCAUCCGAGUUAAAGAAGAUUUAAAGUCGUUAUAAACUGAAAAAAAUUUAAGCUAUUUUAGAUAUUUUUGCAAAUUUUUAAUUGUUUAUAUUUUGAUUUUCAAAUGGCUCGUCGAUAUGAUUCAAGAACAACCAUCUUCUCACCAGAAGGACGAUUAUAUCAAGUGGAAUAUGCUAUGGAAGCAAUUUCUCAUGCCGGUACUUGUCUGGGAAUUUUAGCAAAGGAUGGAAUAUUAUUAGCAGCAGAAAGGCGAAAUACAAAUAAAUUGUUAGAUGGAGCAAUAUUUUCUGAAAAGAUCUAUAAAUUAAACGAGGAUAUGGUGUGUUCAGUAGCUGGAAUAACAUCUGAUGCUAAUGUUCUUACGAACGAGUUAAGAGUAAUAGCUCAACGCUACCAAUAUAAUUAUGGUGAAGCCAUGCCAUGUGAACAAUUGGUUUCGUAUCUGUGUGAUAUAAAACAAGCAUAUACACAGUAUGGAGGUAAACGUCCAUUUGGUGUAUCUAUACUUUACAUGGGAUGGGAUAAGCAUUAUGGAUACCAAUUAUAUCAAUCAGAUCCAAGCGGUAAUUAUGGUGGCUGGAAAGCAACAUGUAUUGGUAAUAAUUCUGGUGCAGCCGUAUCAAUGCUCAAACAGGAAUUAAAGGAAGACGAAGAAAUAACGUUAAGGCAAGCACAAGAUUUGGCAAUUAAAGUUUUAAGUAAAACUUUGGAUAUGACAAAGUUAACUUCAGAGAAAAUUGAAAUGGCAACCUUGACCAGACAGAAUGAAAAAACAAUUAUCAAAAUAUUGGAAAAUAAAGAUGUUGAUGGAUUAAUUGAAAAAUAUGAAAAAUUAGAAGCUGAAGCAGAAGCAGCUAAAAAAGCGGCAGCUGCUGCAGCAGCUGGACAAGCACCUAAAUAAUAAAUAAGCUUUAAGAAAUUUGGUUUAAUCAAUUACGCAAAUUUUUAUAAAUUAAAUAAAAAAAUUGAUUCCUUUAAA